AUGUCGUCCAAAGCCAUUAGAGAGUACGAUGCCAAGCUGCUCCUUGCUUACUGGCUCGAGCGUGCGCCCCCGGUUGAUGCAUCGGCCAAGGCGUCACCAAACUUCGUCUACCCGUCUCCCAAGGUUGCUCAGAUCUCUUGGGAUCCCGAAACCAAUACGAUCACCCCGGAUACGAAGCUCCCUCAAUGGGUCUUCACCACAAAGCUUGUAGCAAAACCAGAUCAACUCAUCAAACGUCGUGGCAAGGCCGGUCUGCUGGCUCUCAACAAGACCUGGGACGAGGCCAGAGAGUGGAUCAGCGCCCGGGCUGGUAAACCUCAGAAGGUGGAAUCGAUCACCGGUACUCUCAACACCUUUAUCGUCGAGCCAUUCCUCCCCCACCCUUCUCACACUGAAUACUACGUCUGCAUCAACUCCGCGCGCGAGGGCGACAACAUCCUCUUCACCCAUGAAGGUGGUGUAGACGUCGGUGAUGUUGAUGCCAAGGCUCUCGUCCUGCAGAUUCCAGUCAACGCGCCAUUCCCCGAUCGCGCUACAAUUGCAUCCACCCUCCUGAAAUUUGUCCCCGCUGAAAAGCGCGAGACCCUUGUCGACUUCUUGGUCCGCCUCUACUCCGUCUAUGUCGAUCUUCACUUUGCCUACCUUGAAAUCAAUCCCUUGAUCUGCCUCGAUGCAGUUGACGGUGGCCAACCCACCAUUCAUUAUUUGGAUAUGGCCGCGAAACUUGAUCAGACGGCCGAGUCAAUCUGCGGACCCAAGUGGGCUAUUGCCCGUGACACCUCCGUGUACGAGCCCUCAACCAGUGCUGCGACUUCGAAGGGAAAGAUUAACUCCGAUCGCGGCCCACCAAUGGUUUGGCCAGCUCCGUUUGGUCGUGACUUGACCAAGGAGGAAGCGUACAUCCAGAAAUUGGAUGGAUCGACUGGUGCUUCGCUCAAACUCACAGUUUUAAACCCCGAAGGACGUAUCUGGACCAUGGUUGCUGGUGGUGGUGCCUCGGUCGUCUACUCCGAUGCCAUUGCCGCACACGGCUUCGCCCACGAGUUGGCCAACUAUGGCGAGUACUCUGGUGCUCCCACCGAAGGACAAACAUACGAAUAUGCCAAGACCAUCAUCGACUUGAUCACUCGAGGCACUCCCAACCCCAAGGGCAAACUCCUCAUCAUUGGUGGAGGUAUCGCUAACUUCACCAACGUCGCCGCUACGUUCAAGGGUAUUAUCCGUGCCCUCAAGGAGUUCAAGGCAGGCCUCAUUGCCCACGGCGUCAAGAUCUACGUCCGCCGCGGUGGUCCAAACUACCAGGAAGGUCUCAAGGCCAUGCGUCUCCUCGGAGAAUCCCUUGGGGUGCCCAUCAGGGUCUAUGGGCCCGACACGCACAUCACCGAGAUCGUCCCUCUCGCCCUCGGUAUUCCACCAAAGAACAAGGGAGCUAUCCCCCAGUCUGUCCCCGCCACGGCCCCUGGCUCGCCUUCCCAGAAAGCUGGAACUAUCCCGGAGCCAGAACCAACUGCCGCUGUCGGUGCCAUCCACCCGGACGGAGAGCGCACCCAACCCGGUGAUCAAAUCGUACACUUCGACACCACCAGCAUCAAGCAACGUCCCUCAUACCGCCCCUUCGAUGCCUCCACCCGUUCAUUCGUCUAUGGUCUCCAGCCUCGUGCUAUCCAAGGCAUGCUCGACUUCGAUUACUCCUGCGGUCGUGAAGUCCCCUCAGUCGCUGCCAUGAUCUACCCCUUCGGUGGUCACCAUAUCCAGAAGUUCUACUGGGGAACAAAGGAAGCUCUCCUCCCCGUCUACACUUCGUUGGAAGAGGCCGUCAAGAAGCACCCUGAUGUCGAUGUGAUUGUCAACUUCGCUUCUUCCCGUAGUGUCUACAGCUCGACCCUCGAAGCGCUGAACUUCCCUCAACUCAAGAGCAUCGCCCUUAUUGCAGAGGGUGUACCUGAGAGACACGCCAGAGAGAUCCUGCAUCUCGCUAAGCAAAAGGGUGUUCUGAUCAUUGGACCGGCCACUGUCGGUGGAAUCAAGCCUGGGUGCUUCAGAAUCGGAAACUCUGGAGGUAUGAUGGACAACAUCAUUGCGUCUAAGCUUUACCGACCAGGAUCCAUCGGCUACGUCUCCAAGUCCGGUGGCAUGUCGAACGAACUCAACAACAUCCUCUCCAUCUACACUAACGGAACGUACGAAGGCAUUGCCAUCGGUGGUGAUCGUUACCCAGGCUCGACCUUCAUCGACCAUCUCCUUCGUUAUGAGGAAGACCCAGAGUGCAAGAUGCUCGUGCUCCUUGGCGAAGUCGGUGGUAUCGAAGAAUAUCGUGUUAUUGACGCCGUCAAGAAGGGCAUCAUCAAGAAGCCAAUCGUUGCUUGGGCCAUUGGUACCUGCGCCAAGAUGUUCACUACUGAGGUUCAAUUCGGUCACGCUGGCUCAAUGGCGAACAGCGACAUGGAAACCGCUGAUGCUAAGAACCGCGCCAUGAGAGCAGCUGGGUUCGUUGUACCCGAGACCUUCGAGGACUUGCCAUACGUCCUGAAGGAGACCUAUGACUCACUCGUUGCGCAAGGAACCAUCAAGCCCCAGCCUGAGCGAGAGCCCCCUGUCAUCCCUAUGGACUACAAGUGGGCGCAGGAACUCGGUCUUAUCCGCAAGCCCGCUGCUUUCAUCUCUACCAUCUCGGACGAGCGUGGACAGGAGCUCAUCUACGCUGGAAUGCGCAUCUCUGACGUGUUCAGAGAUGAGAUCGGCUUGGGAGGUGUUGUCAGUCUGCUUUGGUUCAAGCGUCGUCUACCACCUUGGGCUACGAAGUUCAUCGAAAUGGUGCUGAUGCUCACGGCUGACCACGGUCCCGCCGUUUCUGGUGCCAUGAACACUAUCGUCGCUACCCGUGCCGGAAAGGAUCUCAUCUCAUCGCUUGCUUCUGGUCUCCUCACUAUCGGAUCUCGCUUCGGAGGUGCCCUCGACGAGGCUGCCGCUAUGUUCUCCAGCGCUCGUGACACUGGUCUUACACCCCGUGAAUUCGUCGACAACUCACGCAAAGCCAACAAGCUCAUCAGUGGCAUUGGUCACAAGAUCAAGAGCGUAAACAACCCCGAUCUCCGUGUUGAACUCGUCAAGGAAUAUGUGAGGAAGAACUUCCCCAGCCACAGUCUCCUCGAUUACGCGUUGGCCGUUGAGAAGGUCACAACGGCGAAGAAGGAUACUCUCAUCCUCAACGUCGAUGGGUGCAUUGCUGUUUGCUUCGUUGAUCUCCUCAGAGACAGUGGUGCCUUUACUCCAGAAGAAGCUGACGAGUACAUCAAGAUCGGUACUUUGAAUGGCCUAUUCGUCCUCGGCCGUAGCAUCGGUUUCAUCGGUCACCAUCUCGAUCAGAAGCGACUCCGUGCUCCUCUCUACCGUCACCCCGCAGACGACAUCUUCAUCAACAUGGCCGACGUUGCGCAACCUCGUGUCUUGGGAAGAAUGUCAUGA